CUGACAGAUAAACUGGAACGAAAGCAUCAAACCUCAGACAGAGAGAGGAGCAGACUGGACCGUGUUUGGACUAAGUUUGGACCGGGUUUUGUCCAGGUUUGGUCCGGAUCAUGCCGGUGAGACGGGGCCAUGUGGCUCCUCAGAACACCUUCCUGGACACCAUCAUUCGCAAAUUUGAGGGUCUGAAUCGUAAGUUCAUCAUCGCUAACGCUCAGGUGGAGAACUGUGCCAUCAUCUUCUGUAACGAUGGUUUCUGCGGGAUGUGCGGAUACAGCCGACCAGAAGUGAUGCAGAAACCGUGUACCUGCAGCUUCCUGUAUGGUCCUCACACCAAGAGGCCGGCCGUGGCUCAGAUGGCUAAAGCUCUGCUGGGAGCCGAGGAGAGGAAGGUAGAGAUCUCGCUCUACACUAAAGACGGAGUGUGUUUCCACUGUGUGAUAGACGUGGUUCCCGUGAAGAAUGAAGAUGGCCUCGUCAUCAUGUUCAUCCUGAACUUUGAACUACCCACUGACCCCCGACCCUCCAACACUUCUCCCGUCAGAGAGCUGCACAGAGUGCUGAGGAUCCCCUGGCUCACCCUGGCUCGGCGUCAGCGUCUGCGCCUCCUCCUGCGCUCCCUGAGCCCCUCCUCCAGCGCAGACACAGAGCUCGGUGCUCCCCUCCCGCCACUCGGACACGAGUCUGUGGCCCUGGACAAACUGCUGUCCCUCCCCGAGAGACAGCAGCUGGAGGAGGCCGGAGCUGGACUCCUGCUGUGGGACAAAGAGGAGGAGGACGAAGAGGAGGAGGAGGGGGAGGAGAGACAGAGGCAGAGAGGAGCAGAGAAGGACAGCUGGGUGGAGCCCAGGAGAAGAAGAGAAGGAGGUGAUGUCUGUGGGCUGCUAGAUGUGAGUGCAGGAGGAGAAGGAAUAGAAGGAGGAGGGAGGAGAAUGAGGGAGUUACCACCAGCUCCAACCUCAACUGCUCCAACACUUGCCCUGACCUCCUCACAUCCUCAACUGCACAGAAAGGAGGAGAGAGAAAGAGGAGGAGAUGAAGAGGAGCGUCUCCUCCACACCGCUCGUCCCUGCAGCUGUACCAGUCUGAAACACUCGUCCUCAGUGGACGACAUCAAGAGCGGAGAGAAUUACUGGGACAAGAGGCUGCAGCUGAGACACAGCUGUACAGCAGGUAUGGUCUCUGUCAGGAAGAGCAGCACUCCUGUUGGGACAUCAGACGCUGAUUUACGCUGUCGUACCAACAGCCAGCAGAUGACUCAGAGUCUGUUGGACACUAAGGCUGACCCCCUGGUUGCAUUACCUCCAGGUGAGAUCAGACCUCCCAGUAAACUGAUGGACCGGACUCACCACGUCACAGAGAAAGUCACUCAGGUGCUGUCUCUGGGUGCUGAUGUGUUACCAGAGUACAAGCUGCAGACCCCUAGGAUCCAGAAGUGGACCAUCCUCCACUACAGUCCCUUUAAAGCCGUGUGGGACUGGGUCAUCCUGCUCUUAGUGAUCUAUACUGCCAUAUUCACUCCUUAUUCUGCCACUUUUCUGCUCAGUGACCAAGAGGAGGCAGCCAUGCAGACCUGUGGGUACUCGUGCUCCCCCCUAAAUGUGGUGGAUAUGAUCGUGGACAUCAUGUUUAUUGUUGACAUCAUCAUCAACUUCAGGACCACCUAUGUGAACUCUAAUGAUGAGGUGGUGAGUCAGUCUACCAAGAUCGCCGUGCACUACUUUAAAGGCUGGUUCCUCAUCGACAUGGUGGCCGCCAUUCCCUUUGACCUCCUCAUCUACCGCUCAGGAGAGGAGGAGGUGGUUAGAGGAGGAGGAGAGGGAGAGACCACCACUCUGAUUGGCUUACUGAAGACGGCUCGGUUAUUGCGAUUGGUUCGUGUAGCCAGGAAGUUGGACCGCUACUCAGAGUACGGAGCGGCCGUCCUCUUCCUCCUCAUGUGCACCUUCGCCCUCAUCGCACACUGGCUGGCCUGCAUCUGGUAUGCCAUAGGUAGCGUGGAGCGGACCACCUCGCAUGGGGUCGGCUGGUUGGCCACGCUGGGCGGCCAGCUGGGGAAGCCGUUCAAUGAAUCCAUCAUGGGGUCGGGUCCCUCCAUCAGGGACAAAUACGUCACCGCGCUGUACUUCACCUUCAGCAGUCUGACCAGCGUCGGCUUCGGGAACGUCUCCCCAAACACCAACUCUGAGAAGAUCUUCUCCAUCUGCGUCAUGCUCGUCGGAGCUCUGAUGUAUGCCAGUAUCUUCGGUAACGUGUCGGCCAUCAUUCAGCGGCUGUACUCUGGUACUGCUCGUUACCACGCCCAGAUGAUGAGAGUCCGGGAGUUCAUCCGCUUCCACCAGAUCCCGAACCCUCUGAGGCAGCGUCUAGAGGAGUACUUCCAACAUGCCUGGUCCUACACCAAUGGGAUCGACAUGAACGCUGUUUUGAAAGGUUUUCCCGAGUGUCUGCAGGCAGAUAUCUGUCUCCACCUGAACAGGUCCCUGCUGCAGAACUGCAAGGCUUUCAAAGGAUCCACUAAAGGCUGUCUGAGGGCUCUGGCCAUGAGGUUUAAGACCACCCACGCCCCCCCAGGUGACACGCUGGUCCACGCUGGAGACCUGAUAUCAGCUCUGUACUUCAUAUCCAGAGGGUCCAUCGAGAUCCUCAAAGGAGACGUGGUGGUGGCCAUACUGGGGAAGAACGAUGUCUUCGGGGAGCCCAUCAACCUGCAGGCUCUACCGGGAAAAUCCAGCGCUGACGUCCGAGCUCUGACCUACUGCGACCUGCACACAAUCUACAGAGAAGACAUGAUGGAGGUUCUGGACAUGUAUCCUGAGUUCUGUAAAUAUUUCUGGUCAAACUUAGAGAUCACCUUCAACCUCCGAGACGUUAAUAGUGAAGGUGUAGGUCUGCUGGGUAGAGAAGACUCCAACUGGAGGAAACAUAAACUCUCCUCCACUCACACAGGUGACACAGUUUCAGUCAGCAGACAAAGAGUGACCUACAGGUGUAGAAGAAGUAAGAGGGAGCAGCGUGACACUCACAACAAAGACGAUCAUAAAUACACGCUGUACGGCCCUGUGUUCUCCAGUGAGGAUGACGAUGAGGACGCACAGGUGACCAGUCCUGAUCACACCUCCAGACAUCAUGCUGCUCCAAACACAGCGAGGAGCUCAGACAUCAAGAAGAAAGAGAGCAGCUGCAACCCUCUGACAGGAGUGUCCAACAUCUUAACUUUCUGGGGCUCAGAGAGUCGGGAGGAGCAGAAGUACCAGGAGGUGCCCUGCUCCCACAGCCCCCCCUCACCUCCUCCUGACCUGCCCUCCACCUCACCCUUUCCCUCCAGCCCUCCUCCCCCAACCCCAGCUCUUCCAGCCGUCGUCUCUAGGAGGCAUAGGGUGGAGUUGGAGAAAAGGCUGGAGGCCCUGCAGACACAGAUCAACAGGUUGGAGUCAUGUAUGUCAGCAGACAUCGGGACCAUCAUGCAGCUGCUGCAGAGACAGACCUCCAUGAUCCCACCCUCCUACAGCACACUGACAACCACAACUGAUGCACCUUCCUCCCCCAUCCUGUCCCCAACCCCGUCCUCCCCCACAGACACCAAUGAGGUCACCAAGCACCAAACACCAGCAGCAGUACUCAAGUAAAACCAGAGACAAAACCCCAGUCUGUGAGCAUAAGGUGACACAAACACAAACUGUACACUUCAAUACACAAAGGAUCACAAACAACUACUCUAGAUUUAUUUUUAUUAUGGGAUGUAAAUACAAAACCUACUUUUUCAUCACUGUCUAUCAUUUCACAGCAUUACUCUAGUAAACCAUAUUUAGGUAUGCUGAUGAAAG